AUGGGUAAAGCUAAGAAGACAAGAAAGUUUGGUUUAGUUAAGAGGACUCUCAAUGCUAAGAAAGAUCAACGACUGAAGAACAACCAAGUCACCAAGACUCGUGAAGAUGACCCAGAGUUAACAAGAAAUGUGCCACAAGUGUCAAGUGCGCUCUUCUUUCAGUACAACCAGGCAAUCAAGCCACCUUACCAGGUUCUGAUAGAUACAAACUUCAUUAACUUUUCGAUCCAGAAGAAAAUCGACCUCGUGAGAGGGAUGAUGGACUGUCUGCUAGCGAAAUGUAUACCGUUGAUUACAGACUGCGUGAUGGCUGAAUUGGAGAAGCUGGGCCCCAAGUACCGGAUUGCACUGAAGUUGGCGCGCGACCCGCGCAUACAGAGGCUCAACUGUUCGCACAAGGGCACGUAUGCGGAUGACUGUCUUGUGAACCGUGUUUUGCAGCACAAAUGCUACAUUGUCGCAACGAAUGAUGCCGGACUCAAGCGGCGUGUGCGGAAAGUGCCUGGUAUUCCAUUAAUGAGCGUAGGCGGUCACUCAUAUGUGAUUGAGAAGCUGCCAGACGUCUUUUAA